AUCCUUACGCAAUUCUUCCACAGGCUCCAGCAAAUAAAGGGCCUUUGGACCCUCCACCAGUCUGCCUUUUCCAGCAGAGCACCUGGGUUGGGCCUGAAGCCUCCAGCUACCUGCCUGCCGACCUGCCAGGACCUCUCCGGAGCAACCAUGAAGUGCCUCGUCCUGCUCCUUUGCCUUGCUCAGCUCUGUGGCUGCCACUCUGUCCCGCAUGGCCCAAUUCUGGGUAAUAGGGAACCAGCCUGUGAUGACCCAGAAACAGAGCAAGCAGCCCUGGCAGCCGUGGACUACAUCAAUAAGCACCUUCCUCAUGGCUUCAAGCACAUCUUAAACCAGAUUGACAGUGUGAAGGUGUGGCCGCGGCGGCCCACGGGAGAGGUGUUUGACCUUGAAAUAGACACACUGGAAACCACCUGCCAUGUACUGGACCCCACCCCCCUGGCAAACUGCAGCGUGAGGCAGCUGAAAGAGCACGCGGUGGAAGGAGACUGCGAUUUCAAUGUGCUGAAACAAGACGGAGAGUUUUCCGUGUUGUCUGCAAAAUGUGAUUCCAGUCCAGACUCGGCCGAGGACGUGCACAAGAUGUGUCCAGACUGCCCCCUGCUGGCCCCGCUCAACGACAGCCGGGUGGUGCACGCAGUAGAGGCCGCGCUGGCUGCCUUCAACGCCCAGAAAAACGGCUCCUACUUUCAGCUUGUGGAAAUUUCUCGGGCUCAAUUGGUGCCUCUUUCAGCUUCUGUCUCUGUGGAGUUUGCAGUGGCUGCCACUGACUGUGUUGCUAAAGAGGUCGUAGACCCAGCCAAGUGCAACCUGCUGGCAGAAAAGCAAUAUGGCUUCUGUAAGGGGACAGUCACUGAGAAGGUUGCUGGUGGGGAAGAUGUUGCAGUGACCUGCACGGUGUUCCAAACACAGCCUGUGCUCCCGCAGCCCCAACCAGACGACGCCGAAGCAGGGCCCCUCACCACUGCACCGGGCUCGGCUAGGCCAGCACUUUCUCCAGCUGGCCAGCCCGCAGCCUCCCUGGUGGUGGGACCCAGGGCUGUGGCAGCUCCCCCGACACACUACGACCUGCGCCACGCCUUCUCGGGUGUGGCCUCAGUGGAGUCAGCCUCAGGAGAAGCGUUUCAUGUGGGGAAGACACCCAAGGUGGCGCAGCCUAGCAUUCCUGCUCCUGAAGGUCCAGUUCCAGUGGUCCGCCCUUGCCCGGGGAGAAUCAGACACUUCAAGAUCUAGAAGACGGUCAGAGAUGAGAAGGUUUGGCACAGAGAACGUGGCCACCAUUUUGUCCAAGUAUGGGUUUGGGUGGGAGCUGUGUCUGCUAUCAAAGCAGGUGCUACAUGUGGUCUAGAUUAAUGUCAAGUCUUGAAUGCCAGCUUCUCGUCAUCCUUUGGAGGUUGGGGAACAGAGCGGGUGAUAGUUAUGUUUGAUGGAAGGCAUAAGGUCAGCAACUUGAUUGUUAUUGUUUUGAUGCUAAGCCACCACCAUUGUGUUCUCUACUUUCUCUUGACCUCACAAAAAUAAUUGGAACUGUGAUUUUUGAAAGGUGCUCUUGCCAAGUUUAUAUCUGCUUGUUAAUAAAAAUGCCUGAAGGACCUUCCUUAAAAAAGAAGGUUCUAAGCUGAAA